AUGGCCAAUCCAUACCACCACCGGCCGGUUCCAGACUAUCUGAUUGCCUCGCCCCUCGUGGCCCUCCUCUAUCCAUUCCAUCAGCUCCUGCUGCGUCUGCGGGGAUCUCCCCGACUACCUCCACCCGACGCCCGUCCCAUUCGCGUCGUCUGUAUCUCCGACACACACACGCUCAAGUGGCCCGAUGUUCCCGAUGGAGAUCUCCUGAUCCAUGCUGGUGACUUGGCUAACGAUGGCUCUGUGCGCGAGAUCCAAAGUGCCGUUGACUGGCUACGAUCUCUACCCCAUCGACACAAGGUCGUGAUUUGCGGGAAUCACGAUAGCUAUUUCGAUGCGCGCUCGCGAUGUGAGGAAGACCGCGAGGACCACGGCACCUCAUCCUCGUUCGCCGCCGUCUCCGCCUCAACAGCCUCCAUCCAUUCCCUCGACGAAAUCACCGCCGCCUCGCGCAUCGACUGGGGUGACAUCCACUACUUGCAACAUUCCUCGGUGACUCUCUCUUUCCCCGGAUCCCCCGCAGCCUCCCCGACAACUCCCCUUACCAGCACCCACCCACGAUCUCUCACCAUCUACGGAGCGCCCCAGAUUCCCGCUCUCAUGCCCUUCGGCCCCGAGCAUGCUUUCACCUACCCUCCCCAUCACGAUGCCUGGUCGCGCACCGUGCCCCCUGACACCGACAUCCUCAUCACCCACACCCCGCCCGAAGCCCACCUGGACAUGUCCCCCAUCUACUCAACCGGCUGCCCCAAUCUCCUCGCCGAGGCCUGGCGCGUCAGGCCCGCCCUGCACGUUUUCGGUCACAUCCACAACUCUGCUGGCCGCGAACCUAUUUUCUGGGACGAGGCUCAGCGCGCAUGGGAGCGACUCUGCGCCUCGCGCCGCCCGCGCGCCAAGCACGGUCGUUUGGUAUCCUUGGCGGGGUUCCUCCGAGAUCUGUUCGAUCCCUCAAGCUGGCUCGACGCGGCCCGCGUUAUCUUCUACGGCAUGCUGGGCGUGGUCUGGUCACAGGUCUGGGGCGGCGAGGCCUGCGGCGGGGGUUGGAUGGUGAAUGCUGCCUGUAUGUAUCGCAGCAGCGGUCGACUUGCGAACCCACCGCAGGUCAUUGAGCUGUGA